UAAUGAGACUUUGGUGCGAAAUUGCUGUUCGAAUUUUGUGGAGAAUAAUUAAAAAAUUCGAAACUUUACUUGCAUAUCUUCCAAAUGAAUCCGAAGCUACGUUAAUUGAGAAUAAUGUCAUUAGCAGUUUUAAGUAUAUAUCAAAUCAACAGAAAUAUCUAUGUGUGUUUGAGGGUGCUGCUGGUGGGGAAAGACUUAAAAGCAUAUUUACAAACACUCGAGGAUAUAUAUUAUUUGAAGACAAUAAAAGCAACAUUCAAUUGGAAACAAAAAGAAUGGAAGGAACAAUUAUUUUUAUUACCAAUUCUGGACAAUAA